AUUUAUUUUCUGACAAAAAGAGGAAAAUAUACUCAAUUUAUUUUUCAAAACUUUUAUAUUCUUUUUUAAAACUUAAAUUUAUAAAUACAUAAUAAGACAUAUAGCUUUUUUAAAAUGUUGCGGGUACCAGGGAUGCCUUUACUGCCUGGAACACAAUUCCGAGACCUUACAAAAACGAACUUUGCAAAAUCACAAACAUUUCUCAAUCAUUAUGGAAUAGCAAUGCUUUCCGAUCGCGAAGCACCAAAACUUGUUGACCCAAAAGGUAUGAUUUGCGACAUAAACUGCCCACCGCCAGAACUUCCAUCGGUUACAGCUCUAAAUGUAGGCCCAAAACUUCCCCCAUGGUUGGCUUACGAUAAACAGGUUCUCUGUUUCAAUGGCUAUUUUAAGGAAACUCUUCAAGAAGUAUAUCAUGCUCCAUAUUUAGUUAGAAAAGUCAAAAUAUUCUACUAUCUCGAAGAUGGGACCAUACAAGUGACUGAACCGAAAAUUGAGAAUUCUGGAAUACCACAAGGUUGUUUAGUACACAAGCAAAGAAUACCAAAGCCAGCUCCAUGUCAAAAUGAGUUUGUUUCUAUUUUGGAUUUAAAUGUGAACACGAACAUACAAAUCUUUGAUCGUGUUUAUCACAUUACCGGUUGUGAUUUGUUUACUAGGCAUUUUUUGAAUAGAGCCGGAAUUCCAGUGCCAGAUCCAAUAGAGCCACCAUUAGAUCCUACAAUAGAACAUAGAAAAAGAUCGGGCAUAAAAAAAUCCGUGACAAAAGACAAGAAACACUUAUUUGCCCAGUUUUUAGAGUUCGAUAGGAAGAUUUUAAAAUUCACAUGUUACUGGGAUGACCGUUCUGAAUAUGGAGAUGUACGCAAUUUGGAAUUAUGUUAUUAUCUUUCUGAUGAUACAAUGGAUAUAAAAGAAAUUUUUCCUGCCAAUUCUGGAAGAAAUGGUCCGGCAACUUUUCUUAAGCGUGGAAAGCUUCCAAGGGACUGGCAAGGACUACUGCUCCCAGGUGAACAAACUGGAGUUACAGUCUUGAACGUUUUAGGAGGAGGCCUCCGAUCAGGAAGAUAUAUUGUAGAUAUUCUUGGCAGUGAAAAACAAGAUUUCAAAUACUACACCGAUAAAGAUUUGCAAAUUGGAGCUGUAAUAAAUGUUUACGGACGAAGUGUAGUUUUAACCAACUGUGAUUCCUUUACAAUGGAAUACUACAGAAUGAAAUACGGUAUUGAAGAGUUUUGUCGCUUACCACAUCCAAAUCGUUUUGACGAUCGAAUUCCACAGAAACCAAGUGAAAGACAGCUUCCUCCUUAUAAUGGUUGGGGCUCUUAUGAAGAUUCCGAGGGCAAUUGCAUAUCUGUAGAGCCAAAACCUCCACAAGCGGAUUUCAAAAAGUUUAUAACUUUGGAUAAAUUUGUUUUACGAUUUGGCGCAAAAAUGAUUUCCACAAUAAGAGAAAAUUGUGAACGUGUGUUUAUUGUUUCUUACUUCCUUUCUGAUGAUACUAUUCAAAUAUAUGAAGUGGCUGAAAGAAAUUCUGGAUUUUUGGGUGGAAUUUUCUUGAAACGAAGACGUAUCUUACUUCCCAAUCAGGAAAAAUUUUCAUCCGAAAGGCCAGAGUAUUAUAAACCUCAUCAUCUUUACAUCGGAGCAAGUAUUAAUUUAAAAGAUCAUAUAUUUACAUUGGUUUCUGCGGACGAAUAUACCUUGAUUUACAUGGAAUCGCAUCCGUUUGAGUUUCCCCUUGCGGAUGUUAAAACUGUAAUGAAUAAGAUACGUGAAGCUGUUCGUCCAAACUACAAAAACUUUAUUGCAAAGCACUUAUCUGAAGUUGGCAGUGAAAAUGAACCUAAACUCAUUAGAUACGAAACACUCAAAAAGGAUUUAAUUGAACUUCUUGGAAAAAAUAUUACCGAUCAAGAAAUCAUCACACUAUGUCGAUACUACUCGGCCGAGCAAAGUCCUCCAUCUUCAUGUAACCGUGAAACUGUGCGAGCUGCAGUGCAGUCAGAAAUUCGACGAAAUCUCUGGGAUGACAUUGAUCACCUUAAAGAGCAUCUUUCCCAUAUAAAUCCGUCCCGAAAAAAUUUUCUCCCGGAAGCUAAACUUAGAUGUACAAUCAAGGGUUGCCGCUUACCAUUUACAGCAGAGCUUAUUGACGAUAUGUUUAUGGUUUUGAAUCACAACGAUUUGGGGGAAAUAGAAAUUUGUGACUUCAUGUCGUUUGUUGAUGUAAAUUGUAGCCCAGCACCAGAUAUAGCGCCUAUAAACUAUGCAUUCGAAUUAUGCCCGAAAAUACCAUUUUUACAUAAGGGACGCUUAGUGAACUGGAACUGUUUCGUUCAGCAUUUAGGUUUGGAAGAAGAGUUAAUCAACAAAACGGACUAAACUAGACAAUAAAGCUAAAAAGCUGAAUGUGGCUAAUAUGUGUUUGUCAAAAUUAAAUAUAAAAGUUUUUCUUCUGAAA